UGUUCCUCAUCUGUGCAACAAGUAGCAAAGUCUACUGUUAUCAUGCUUCUUACUCAUAUCUCAUCGGGUUUGGUCAUCCUCGCUGCUUCAGUAGUAGGAAGUCCUACUUCGACACCUUUUAGCCUCAAUCGUCGUAGCGAUGGGUUUCCAUACCCCUUGGAUGACACAGACAAACUCGAAGAAGCGUCCUUAGCAAAAUUUGAGGCUUAUCUAGCCAAGAAGAAUUCGACUCAUGGCUGCACGCUUCAGACAGCUGCCAAACGCCAGGAGUGGCACGAUCUGAGCAUUGCACAACGAGAGGAAUAUAUUCGCGCAGUUAUAUGUCUACAAUCCAAACCGCCCAAAGCGAACCAAACGCAAUACCCCGGUGUCAUGAACCGAUACGAUGAUUUCGUUCUUACACACGAAACGCAGGCAAUGCAUCUUCACUCUACACCUCAUCUGUUUCCCGCGCACCGCCUAUAUAUCUGGGCUUAUGAGAAGGCGCUUCGUGAGGAGUGUGGCUAUACCGGCUACCAGCCAUAUUGGAAUUGGGGACGCACAGCUGCCGACCCUGCCAACUCUGCUCUAUUCAAUGGUAACAUGAGCUCAAUGGGCGGCAACGGGGUAAAAGCAGACUACCCAGGCGUGAUGACAAUGGGCUUCAAAAAGCCGUACGAUAUCAUACCACCCGAUGUAGGCGGCGGAUGCGUACAUGAAGGGCCAUUCAAAAACAUGACUGUAAGCCUUGGUCCUAUUGGGAAAGUCCUCACCGAUAUCCCCCCGAACCCGCGCGCAGAUGGAUACGGACAUAACCCACGGUGUCUCCGUCGCGAUGUGAAUCGCUAUGCUUCAGCGAUGCUUUAUGACAACUACACGUACUCGCUCAUCACCGAAGCGAAAGACGUGGACAUGUUCCAGAAGAAUAUGUUGGGUAUGCCAGAGAAGAAUGAUUGGGGCGUUCAUAUGAGUGGACAUUACACCAUCGGUGGAGACCCUGGAGGGGACUUCUAUUCAUCCCCAGGAGACCCAAUCUUCUGGUUUCAUCACGGGAUGGUCGAUCGUAUCUGGUGGAUUUGGCAGAUGCAGGACCCAGAGACGCGCAUGGACGUGCUGCCAGAGAAACCAGCGCGCGAUGAUUUUGUUGAUUUGAAUUGGACUGCUGGUCGAGCUAAUACGUGGGACCUUUUGGACAGUAUUGGUGGAAAUGGUGGGGAUUUUUGUUAUAUUUAUGUCUAGAUUCAGGUAAUCCUGUUUUGCGAUGGUAUGAUAUAUGAGAAAAUAGUCCCGCUUUUCUUUAGUGGCACGAUUCUGGAUCGACCUAGAGAAGAACGAGUUCGGGACUUGACGUUGUGGUUGAUAUGCUCCAUCACCGUGCAAUACGACACGAAUAUUUGGAGUAUUCC